AUGUCGGGCUUCGACGAGAAAAACGGAUCUGAAAAGAUCGAAUCCAAUCUCCCCACCUCGAUUCCUUUUUUCCGCCUGGUCUUCGAUCAAGGUGUAGUGACACAGCAGAUCGCAAGCCAUCCAUACCCCGGCUCCGGCACGGAAGACGACCCUUAUGCCGUGACUUGGAUUCCUGAUGACCCUCGUAACCCGAUGGGUUUCAGCCAGGUGAAGAAGUGGACGUUUACUGCUGUGGUGGCUAUUGCGACGCUGGCUGUUGCAUUGGUCUCUUCGGCCUAUACUGGUGGUGUUGCGGAGAUUGAAAAGGAGUUUGGCAUUGGAAGCGAAGUUGCUACCCUUGGUGUCUCGCUGUUCGUCGUUGGUUUCGCCAUUGGUCCCCUGCUCUGGGCUCCUCUUAGUGAAUUGUUCGGUCGUCAACUCCUCUUCACUACCACCUAUGCCGCCCUCACUGCAUUCAACGCUGCCUGCGCCGGUUCCAAGAAUGCGUAUACCCUUAUCAUCCUUCGUUUCUUCGCCGGUGCUUUUGGAUCCUCGCCCCUCACCAACGCUGGUGGUGUCAUCGCCGAUAUGUUCUCCGCCAAGCAGCGUGGUAUCGCCAUGAGUCUUUUCGCCGCUGCGCCCUUUUUGGGUCCCGUUCUGGGCCCGAUCAUCGGUGGUUUCCUCGGUAUGUACGAGGGAUGGAAGUGGGUCAUGGGCUUCCUGGGUAUCUUCUCUGGUGCUGUCUGGAUCAUGGGUUCUCUGUUCAUGCCCGAGACCUAUGCGCCGGUGCUGCUGCGCCGUCGUGCUGAGAAGCUCUCCAAGCUCACCGGCAAGGUCUACCGCAGUAAGAUCGAUAUCGACCAGGGCAGACUCUCGCUCAAGGAAUCGUUCAAGAUUGCCUUGUCUCGUCCAUGGAUUCUCCUGUUCCGCGAGCCUAUCGUCUUCCUGCUGUCUCUGUACAUGGCUAUCAUCUAUGGUACUCUGUACAUGAUGUUUGCUGCGUUCCCAAUUGUGUACCAAGUCAACCGUGGCUGGAACCAGGGUAUCGGCGGCCUUGCUUUCCUGGGUAUCAUGGUUGGAAUGUUGAUUGCCGUCGUCUACACCCUAUGGGAUAACAAGCGCUAUAUUCGCGUUCAAGAGAACCAUGGUGGGUUCGCACCUCCCGAAGCCCGUCUUCCCCCGACGAUGGUCGCUUGCAUUGCGAUCCCCAUCGGUCUGUUCUGGUUUGCCUGGACCAACUACCCCGAUAUCCACUUCAUGGCCAGUAUCGCAGCCGGUGUGCCCUUCGGUUUCGGUAUGGUCCUCGUUUUCCUGGGUAUCAUGAACUACCUAAUCGACGCAUACACCAUCUUCGCCGCCUCCGUCUUGGCCGCAAACUCUGUCAUGCGAUCCCUCUUCGGUGCUGCCUUCCCUCUUUUCACCACCUACAUGUAUAACAACCUCGGCAUCCACUGGGCGUCCUCGAUCCCCGCUUUCUUGGCGCUCGCUUGCGUGCCCUUCCCCUUCCUGUUCUACAAGUACGGUGCCGCCAUCCGCACUCGCUGCAAGUUCGCCGCCCAGUCCGAGGCCUUUAUGCGCAAGAUCCAGGAACAAGCCGUCACCACGCCUGUCGAGGAAGAAGAGGAGAAAAUUGAGUUUGACCGCACCGAGGCUCCUGCCCCGCACGAUCCUUCCCUGUCGAGCUCCUCCUCUCACAACGACGCCGAAGAGGAGCCCAUUGCGACUCAACGGACCCGCAGCCGUGCUCACUCGACUGCAUCUGCUCGCACUAUGGGCUCGCUGGCUCGUGUGCCUACCUAUGAAGGAAAUCCCUACGUUGUUGACCGUGUCAACACUCGGGAAUCCUUCAAGGCUUAA